UGUUUUCUGUGACUUGACAAAUAGGUUGGUACAGUUAAUUAUAUGCCACCAGAAGCAAUCAAAGAUAUGUCUUCCUCAAGAGAAAAUGGGAAAUCCAAAUCAAAGAUCAGCCCCAAAAGUGAUGUCUGGUCUUUAGGAUGCAUUUUGUACUAUAUGACUUAUGGGAAAACACCAUUUCAGCAUAUAAUUAAUCAGAUUUCUAAAUUACAUGCCAUAAUUGAUCCUAAUCAUGAAAUCGAAUUUCCUGAUAUUCCAGAGAAAGAUCUUCAAGAUGUAUUAAAGUGCUGUUUAAUAAGGGACCCUAAACAGAGGAUAUCCAUUCCUGAGCUUCUGGCACAUCCAUAUGUUCAAAUUCAAGCUCAUCCAGGUAACCAGAUGGCUAAGGGAACCACUGAAGAAAUGAAACAUGUUCUGGGCCAACUUGUUGGUCUGAAUUCUCCUAACUCCAUUUUGAAAGCUGCUAAAACUUUAUAUGAACACUAUAGUAGUGGUGAAAGUCAUGAUUCCUCCUCAUUAUCCAAGACUUUUGAAAAAAAAUGGGGAAAAAAAUGAUUUCAUCAUCUUAUAAACUGUCAAAUACCACCUGUAAAAUAUAUUGGAUUAUUACACUCUUGACUUCUUAUGGAAAUCUUCUCUUGAAGACAACUUAAUUCUGAAAUGUCAUUUUCAGAAACAUUCAGUGGAUUAUCGUCAAAGAAAACUGUAAAAAUAAUAACCACUAAUGACACUGUAUAUAUUACUUUGUAGAUUUAUUUUCUCUUUUUUGUGCUUUCCUGCAAAUCUAAUCUAUUUAAUAUUUCACAGUUGGAAUAGUGGGUGGACAACUGAAAUAUAUUCUUAAGAACUAUGUAAAUAAAGCAUAAAAUGACAUUAAAGUGUUGUAAAAUUAUUUUCUUCAAGGAAAUAAAUGUGUUGUUAAUAUGGGAGCAAAAUUUUUAAUAAAAAUUGUAUUAGAGGAGGUUAUAAAAAUAGAACUUAUUGAAUGAAUAUUGGAGAAAAGAAAUCUAAAGGAUUUGAUUGCUAAAAUAGAUUUCCUAAUUGCUUCAUAGCACUGAAAUAUUCCAGAGUUUAGGGCUGCACUUGGCUCUUUUAAUUCUCCCUUUAAUUUUUAGUAGUAUCUAUUAUUCUUUGUAUUGAAAGUAUCAUGCUGGAUUCUGUGGCGUAAUUUGUGUAGUACUGGCCCUCCUUGUAUGACUUCAUAAUGGGUAACUACAAAUGUAGCCUCAGCAUCUUUAGAACUGAAUCUAAUAAGUUAAUCAAAGAUAUCAUAUAAUUAUACUUUUCCCCAGUUUUUUUCAAGAUUUUAAUAAACUUACAAAAAUUAAGAUUUUUUUUUUAAGAAGUUCUAGUCACAUCAAAAUUGAGGGAAAGUGCAAACAUUGCCACCACACAUGCAUAACCUCCCUAUUAUCAACAUCCCUCACCAGAGUAGUAUGUUUGUUACAAUUAAUGAACGCUGCACUUAGGCAUCAUCGUAAUUACUCUUGGUUGUGUACAUUGUUUGGACAAAUGUACAAUGAGAUAUAUGCAUCAUUAUACUAUUAAAGAGUGUUUUCACUGCCCUAAAAAUUCUCUGCUCUGCCUAUUUAUCCUUUCUUUAUUCCCCGCCUAUAGGCAACCAUUGAUCUUUUUGUUAUCUCCCUAGUUUUGCCUUUUCCAUGUCACAUAGCUGAAAUUAAACAGUUUGUCACCUUUCACAUUGGCUUCUUUCACUUAGUAUUGGCAUUCAGGGUUCCUCAGUGUAUUUUCAU